UAAGUGGGUCACACAAUCAAGGUCAGCAGAUCUUGAUUGUGUGACUGAAGCAGCAUCUUCUCUCUUCGGCUGGAUUAUUGGGCUCUUCUGGACUCUAGAGAAAUGAAGCUCAUCUUUGGACUGAUGCUGCUGAAAACUGCUGCAUGUCUGGAGGUUAACUGCAGUUUUAAUCAGUCAGAUCCCUGUUACGCAGCUCUGGGACACAAACUCAAUCUGCUGAUGGUGGACACUAGUAGAUAUGACCUGAAGAUACUAAAGAUAAUAAACUUCAACUCAGAUGAUCCAGUUUGUAGAGUAAAAAAUGACAUGAUGAAGGAAUGUGAUCUUUUUAAUAAAAGACCUGAAGUGUCAGUCUAUAAAGGGAUUCUGAUAAUAAACGGUGUGAUCAGAGCAGAUUCAGGGACUUACACUUUAAGACUCGAAGACUCAGAUGGCACAGAAAGAUCUGCAGAUCUUCCAGUGAUUGUUGAAGCUCCUAUUGGCUCAGUGGAAGUGUCAAUCAUCUGCUCCUCCAGUGGGGUGAUGAGGGCAUCCUGCUCCUCUGAUGGAGAUCUGCUCCUCUUCAGCUGGACUCUGAAUGGGGAUCCACUGAUGGAUGGAAACAUCAUUGAUCUGGAUGAGGGAACUGAUGGAAACAUCAGCUGCAUCAUGAAGAACCACGUCAGUCACCGACAGAAGACCAUUAGUGUAAAACACUGUCCUGAGUCUGUGGUGCAUGUUCUGGUCUGGUGUUUUCAGAUGAUGUUUCUGUUGGGUCUGUUAGGAGGUUUUCACAUCUACAUGAGACACACAUCAGGAAAGAAACAGGAAGUUCCACAAGUGAGAAUGAGCAGAUUUAGAGAAGGACAUGAACACACAGCAGAAGAUUGAUGAGAGCAGCAGCAGAUCUCAUCACAUCUAUGAGAAAUCACUUCAGAACGGCCAAGACUUUCACAUCCAUCCAACAUUUAUUUUACACAUCUGGAGUCAUUCGGUCUUUUACUUUAGUCUGUUGGCUUUGGUUGAUUUCAUUUACAGUGUCUGUUUAGAUGUUUAACUGUUCAAAACUGUUCCCAAAGAUUGCUUUUGAGUAAUUUGCCACAUCCAUGCAUUUUUCUUCACAAGAUCCUUGUCAUUAUAACAGAACCGCCCUGAGCGAGUUCACAGCGAGUUUACAGUUUGCCAUUCACUGAUGAGAACGUCUCCCAAGCAUUUUAGGUGUUCUGUAGCUGGAUGGAUUAAUCCACAUAACUCUCUUCAUUUACUCCCUAAAUCUGAGCCUCUGAAGACGUGGUGAAUUCAUUUUUGUUUUCGAAGAAAAUGCUCCCUCAA